UCCUAUUAGAUAUCACCAGCGACUACUAUCUGAACUUGGCGAAUCAUUUUGUCAUUCACACUCGUUCUCUUCUAAAAUCUCAUGGAAGACGUUCUUAACAUCGAUAAGAUCAUUGGCGAUCGCGGUUUUAUGGCGUCUUCUAGUGAUGACGAAGAGGAUACUGUGCAAUUAUCCAAAGUCAAGACUUCAUUAAGCAAUCGUUUAGCCAAUAUUUUUGCUGAAGAGGCGACUUCGACACAAUUUGCGCUCGAGCAAAGGGCUUCUCCGGAAAAGAGAAGGUCUCUUGACUCCUCUUCAACCACAUUAUUCUCAGCUGUGGUCAAUCUCUACUUACGUGACAGCCCUACAACUCCUUUCGUACCGAAGGGGCGAGUUGGAGCAGCUGUAAUUAGGAAUAGUACGUUGGAUCUUCUCGUGUUCUAUACUGCAAACAAAAAAGCUCUGUUGGUCGUAUCUCUUGGCUCUGGGAAAAUAGCUAAAAUUGAGAAAGAUCAGCGAUGUCGACUUGUGGUGUCUGCUUCUACGAGUUUCGCAAUCACAUUUGUAAAAAGCGAAGACGAAUGUAAACUCACUGCCUUGCUCAUGCUUCUGUGCUGUAUAAACAGAGUAGAUUUAGAAGAAGGAAGUGGUAUUGAGGUGUAUAUAGGCUCUUCAGUACUGUAUGAGGUUACACCUUUGAUAUACGACGGUGCUUCCAUAAAGAUAUGCGCAGAUGAACAGUCCAAGCUGCGCUUAUCGCCCAAAUCUGAACCUUGGGUCUUACAAACCGUUGGAAUGAAAAAAUCAGGAAAACGCUUGCUUCGAAAAGACGACAAAAGUGUAGUGUUGAUCCAUGUUAAGAAAAUAAAGCAACAUAGAGCAGCGGAUGACUCUAGCGCAGCCUCUCUUGUCUCUGUUACACAACGCUUGACGGUUAAUGAAAAUUUUGAUGAGCCGAAAGAACAACGACGUGAGAUUCUGCCUCAACGCGCUUCUCUUGAAAAAGUUGUUCUACCUGAUGAAAUCUUAUUAGCGAGCGAAACCUUAUCUUCAAAAAGUGGUAGUAUAUCACCUCCACCUGUCAAAUUAUCUUCUGAACCAACUGCAUAUGCUGAACCUUCGGUGUCUUGCGAAAUUGAAGACGAUCGCCCCGAAAGAUCGUCAUUACGCCAGACGAUGAAAGAACAACAGCAAGGACAAGCAGGAGCAGUGAGCUUGUCAGCUGAUGGCAUUUUGAAUGUACAAAAGAUUAUUGGAGCAGAAAUUGAUCGAUUAGAGAUACGUCUUGUAGCGGCGUUGGAACGAAUGGUAGAUAGACAGAUGAGCUCUUUAAGGGGAGAGAUGCAAGAAAUCAAGGAACGGCAAGAGACACUGCUGAAGAAACUGGAAGAGUCGCAACGAAAUAGGGAGGAAAGUACCGGUUCAUGA